UACUAUAAUAUAUCGAUAAAUCAAGUUUCCGUGAACAUUUCAACAUCCAUAAUAUUGGUGUUUUCGCAGUAAUUAGUUUGAAACAAGUUGUGUUUAGUGGCAAUUGAAUCUUACAGAGAAAAUGUUGAUGCCAAAAAAGAAUCGUAUUACCAUUUACGAAUACCUCUUCAAAGAAGGUGUAAUGGUUGCGAAGAAAGAUUACCAUGCACCAAAACACCCAGAGUUGGAAAAUAUUCCAAAUUUACAAGUCAUAAAAACGAUGCAGUCUUUAAAGUCUCGUGGCUAUGUUAAGGAGCAAUUUGCCUGGAGGCACUUUUACUGGUACUUGACAAAUGAUGGUAUUGAGUACCUCAGGCAAGAAUUGCACUUGCCACCGGAAAUUGUUCCAGCUACGUUAAAGAGGAAACAACCAACGUCUGAAAGCGCAAGAAUGAAGCCUCCAAGUGGCCCUAGAAAUGAAAGCUCGCGACCUGCUGAAGAUCGCGCUGGUUACAGACGUGGACCUGGAGGUCCAGGUGACAAAAAAACUGAUGUUGGUGCAGGAACUGGGGAACUGGAAUUCCGUGGUGGUUUUGGACGGGGAAAAGCUCCUCAAUAAAUGAUUUUUUCUAUAUAAAUUACAA